GCUAGAGACGGCGGCCAUGUUAAUGUUGACCUGUGCUGAUCUCGGUACAGUUGUGUUUUUAUUUGUGAACGCUGUGUCGGCUUUCGACAUCUUUUUCUUGUUUUUCAACCCGUGAGAUGUUUUAAGAAAACGCCCGGCCCUGGUCGUUUCUCGAGCGAGAUGACGGCGCAAACGGACAUCCCUCCGGUGCCUUCCACCAAGGUGGUUCAAAUCACAAACAUCGCCCCUCAGGCGACGAAGGACCAGAUGCAGACGCUUUUCGGCUUUCUGGGCAAGAUCGAAGAUAUAAGGCUUUACCCGACGAUCAGGGACGUCUCGGUCCCUGUACAGUCGAGGAUUUGCUACGUAAAGUUUUUCGACGCGGUAUGCGUCGGCGUCGCACAGCAUAUGACCAACACGGUCUUCAUCGACAGGGCCCUGAUCGUCACCCCGUACGUGUCUUCGUCCAACGAGAUCCCGGACGAAUACAGAGCAUUGGAGAUCGCGGCUCAGGCCAACGUCGUGCCCGGUUUGUACGGAAACAACUCGAAACUGCCUCCUCAUGUGACAAACCAGAUCGAAGGUACUCAGCCGAACCAGGUCAUCACGACUCACGACCCUGUGUUGAUAUCCAACGGGCUUCCUCCUUACCCUCCUCUCCCGAUAAAUUACGAUUCCGUUCGUAUCGAAGAAAUCCGCCGGACCCUCCUUGCUUCCAACCUCGACAGUAACAUAACAGCCCAGCAGCUCAUCGACUUUUUCGGUACGGCCGGGGACGUGAAGUACGUCAGGUUUGUCAAGAGGGAAAACGAUCCUAACACGUACGCCCUUAUAGAGUUUUCCGAACAGUUGAGCAUAAUCAAUGCUUUGAAAAUGAAUGGGCAAUCUCUUCUCGGACGUCACGUGCAGAUUUGCCAUUCGACUGUGAACAUAGAUAAACCGCAAGCGAAGAGCAACGAAGCGGCGCAGAGAGAGAUCGAAGAGGCCAUGACUCGUGUAAAAGAAGCGCAGAAUUUGAUAUCAGCCGCUAUUGAUCCUGUAAUCGGGAUCUUGUCCAAAGACAAGAAGAGGGGUCGAUCUAGAUCGAGGUCGAGAAGGAGGUCCAGGUCUAGAUCUAGGGGGAGAAGGCGCAGAUCCAGGUCCCGGUCGAGGGGGAGGAGAAGGCGGUCUCGUUCCAGGAAACGCAGCAGGUCGCGUUCUAGAAAGCGCUCUCGCUCUCGUGACCGCAAGAAGAGGUCCAGAGACCGCCGCCGGACCAGGACGAGAUCCCGCACAAGAAGCCGAGACAGAUCACGCAGGAAAUCUCGCAGCCGUUCACACUCCAAGCGCAGCGAUAAAUGCAAAUUGAGACACAAGGAGGAUAAAAAAGAUAAAGACAGGAGUAAAGAAUUGUCCCCGAUCAAAGAAACCGAAAAAGCUUCGAGUCUAGAACCAGAAAAAGACUCACUUACAGACGCUCCGGAAAAUAUUUCAAAAGAGGGAUCAAAAUCGCCUGAAAAAUCACCUUCGAUCAGAAGAAGCAGAAGCGCUUCUCACAGAGAAUCGAGAUCCGUGAGCCGUAAAAGAUCCCCGGUAAGGAAGAAGUCUCGCUCUAUAUCCAGAAAGAAAUCCCAUUCUCCUUCUCAUAAAAAAUCGAGAUCCCCUUCUAGGAGGAAAUCUAGGACGCCGACGAGGAAAAACAGCCGCUCUCUGUCAAGGAGGAAAACUCGGUCGCCUUCCCCUCGUAAGAAAUCACGCUCCGUGUCGAGGAAGAAGUCCCGGUCCCCUUCGAGGAAAAAGAGCAGGUCACCUGAAAGAAGAAGGCGGACAAGGUCGCCUCGUAGAAGGUCGAGGUCGAGGAGCAGGAGAAAAUCGAGAACACCGAGGAGGAGGAGCAGAACACCGAGAAAGAGCAGAUCUCCUAGGAGAAAGAGGAGCAGAUCUCCACGAAGGAAAAGGAGUAGGACUCCUAUCAAGUGGAGAAGCAGAUCUCCAUCAUCACCCUUAAGAAGAAGAACUAAAUCUCCUUCUCCUUAGUUUUACUUGUAUAUUUUGAUUUUUUCCUUGUAAUUUAUGGCUAUUCAAUUUAAAUUUUCUAAUCUGUUCGAUAUAAUAAUAAAAAUUAAAAAAAAAAUUGAACAGCAC